AAGUCCAAACCCCUAUUUCCAAAUUCCGAUCAACUGCGGAGGAAGCAGAGAGAUGUGGUUCUGUGGUGGCGGCGGUGGUGGUAAGGGAGUUGCGGCUGGUUUAUUUGUGAGGUAUUUCUCUCGGAAAUGCGCCGUGAACGUCAGGAAAAUCAAUCCAAAGGUUCCUUAUCAAGAGGCUUCAUCCAUAGCUCAAUCACUCUACCAAGUUAUCAAGCAAAACGGCGCUCUCUCCAUCUCCAACACUUGGAUCCAGGCCAAGGAAGCUGGUAUUAGUGGAUUGAACAGCAAAACACACAUGAAGAUAAUGCUCAAAUGGAUGAGGGGAAGGAAGAUGCUGAAGCUGUUCUGCAACCAUGUUGGUUCCAGCAAGAAAUUUCUGCACUGUACUCUACCUGAAGACCCUGAAGUAGCCCAAUUAAGGAGCUCCCUAGAACACAAACCGCAGACUAAGAAACGUUCCACGAAGAGGAAAAAGUGAAUUAGAUAAAAUGCCUGUAUUUUGCACCUCGACCAGAUCAGGAAAUGAUGUCAUGGUCAACUGGCCCAUUUUAAUGUUUAUUACGAUCCAGACUGGCUAAGUGCUCCAUUUUGCAGCAUGCAUCCUUAUGAAUUUCUCCAUUGUUUUAUUGCACCAAAAAUAUUUGCAUGGUGUGUUUGGUGACUUUUAGGCGGCGCCACCUUCCCUUUCCCCACUUUUUUGGUGAGAAAUCUUAGAUACCUCCUGAGAUGUGAUGUUCUGCACUGGUUUCUGGAAGGUUUGAUAAAUAGACAUUUUCAAGUAUUAGCCGUGUGUCACUUGUAAUCAUGCCUUGCAUAUGGCAUCUAUUUGCAGGUUUGAAGCAUCCUUGAGAUGUUCCCCUAGAUUUCCUGCUGCGAGGUGUUUUGACCAUAGUUUGGAAGCAUCCUUGAGAUGUCUCUUCUAUAUCUUACAUUUCUAUAGAUCCAGUACAAUGUUUUUGGCUCCGCAGAUGGACUAUCUUUAGUAUCGAGGAUGAAGAAACUGGCUUACUAAAGUUGUUUCUGGCUGGUGCCUCUUCAAUCCCAACUUGAUGUUAUUCCCUUUAUGGGGUUAUUUUGUAAAACAAGUAGGAAAUAAUGGAGAUGGGGGUUCAAUUU